UUUGUUUUAGUUUUCAUACGUUUGUAGAACGAUAUCUUCUUUCUGAGAAUGGAGGAUAAAUUUUUCAAGGAGGUUGAAUCACCUCUGCAGACAAAGAAAAGGGGUAUUUUGUUCCACGCAAAAACCAUUUAUCUCAUUACGAAGAGUGAUAUUAAGACGACAAUACUUCCUGCUACCACGUUUGCUUUCACGGCUGCUUUCUCUGGUUUAUUCAGUGCCGACUUACGACCGAACCUUGGAAUUCUCUCCGGGCUACAGAAAUCAAUACUUUGGACGUGGAUGAACCUUUGGAUUUUUAACCUCGCGAACCAACGACUUCCAGACGCGAUCGCAGAGGACUCCAUCAAUAAACCUUGGCGCGCGAUCCCAUCUGGUCGACUGACAUCUAAACAAGCUCGUCAAAUUCUUCUUGUAUCGAUCCCAAUCGUACUUCUCUCAACACUAUAUCUCGGUGGAAGUAAGGAGAGUAUCUUUUUAAUGAUACUCACAUGGAUGUAUAAUGAUCUCGGAGCAGCAGAGGAGACAUUUCUUGUUCGAAAUAUCAGCAACGCACUUGGAUUCAUAUCUUUUGGAGCGGGUGCAGCACAAGUCGCUUGCGGUCCUCUGGAUAUGACUGCUUACUACUGGUCCGCAGUUAUGACAGCAGCUAUAACCUGCACGAUCCAGUUUCAAGACAUGGAAGAUCAAGAAGGAGAUCGAGCCCGAGGUCGAAAAACUAUGCCUAUAGUCCUCGGCGAUUCUUUCACAAGACUAGUCAAUGCUUAUAUGAUUUUGUUGUUCUCAUUGGUCGCUCCAGCAUUUUGGCAAUUGCCCUUUACUGGAUUUGUACUCCCUUUACUACUUGGCAUUCUGAUUGCGUCCAAAACACUGUUACGGACAGAUGUAGAGUCAGAUAAACAAACAUUUAGGCUAUGGUGUCUUUGGUUAAUGGUGCUUUAUGUUCUUCCAAUGGCAAGAUAUCGGGAGAAAUACUCUGAACCUGCCUGAGCUGGUUCAGCUUUGCAUGUAAGAACGGUUUGAGUGGAAAUAGCAAACACUGUCGAGAUGUAUGUCCUAUGCUUUCGGGUAGAGAUAGCAGGUUGCUGGACGGAAG